AUGAAUAUUAUUAUAUCAUAAACACAACCAUAAAAGCCUGAGGUGGAAGAGUUGAUUUGUCAAAAUCAUAAAAGAGAGAUAGUAGCCGUAGAUUUAUCAGAAAAAGGUAAUUUUUAAUAUUUGUGUUGCAUUUGCUUAGUUGAAAAAAUGAAUAAUAGCAAGGUAUCAACAAUUGAAUAGACAAAAGAGAGAAUUUAAUCCUUAAAAACUUAAAGAUAAGAAAAUAAGACUAAAUAGAUCCAACUAAGGUUGGAUCACUUCAAGAUCAUACUAGAUUAAAUAAUGGAGUUUAAAUGUAGUGUUGAGAAUACAUUAGAAAAAAUAUACAGUCAAAUAAAAGCACAGAUAUUUACAAUUUAAAAAGAAAAAUAAUCUUAAUUAGAUAAUUUUUAAACAUAAUACAAUUUUUAAGAGGAAGUUAGAUCGCUGUUUGAAUUUCUUUCAAUCGAGAGUUAAGAAGACUAAUUAGAAUUUUAGUAGGAUAGUUAGUUUAUUGACGAAAUAGCUAAGCAAUUUGACCUCUUAUUUAAUGGCUCAGCAUAUUUCUAAACAAUUGACACUUUUAAGGAUGCUAAAUAUAAAAUUAAUGAAAUUUAUUAAAAUAUAUAGAUCGAAUAAAUGUCACUUCAAAAUUAAAAUAAUUAUGUAAAAAUUUAUAACAUUAAAGAAAACACCUAGUUUAAAUAAACUUUGCCCUACACAUAACAAGGAAAUCAUUAUGAUUGACAUCGAUAGUGAAAAUAAAAAAAUAGAGGAUAGAUUCGUCUGUGUUGAUUGCAUUAGUGAUCAUCCGAAUUGCUAAUAUAGAACUAUUGAAAAAAUUAAUUAAUAAUGGAAUCACACAAAGAAACAGCAAGACAGGAUAUUUUCUGAGAUACAGGUUAAGAGGUAAGAGAAAUAGAAAAAUCUGAAUUAAUAGAUUGCUAUAGUGAGAAAAAAUUUUAAUCAAUAACUUAAUGAAAUUAGCGAAAAAUUAAUCACAGAAUUUUCUCUACCAAUAAGAAAAGCGUGUGAGAUGAAUAAAUUUAAAUAAAUCUCUCUACAACAAGUAUGUAAUGAUGAAUUGCUUUCAAAUAUUAAUUAAAUGAUUCUAAAUGACAAAAAAAAUUUGAUUUAGGAUUCUUAAAUUGAGUAUUUGAAAUCAAAAGAUGCUUUGUUUUAAAAAGAGAUUGAAAGCAGAUUAGAGCACUUAAAAUAACAUGAUUAAUUAGAUAUUUAAGUGACUAUAAAUAUUAUGCAGGAUAUAUAAAGUAUUCAAAAAAAGAUUUAUUUUUAGAUGACAACUAAAUCCAAGGAAUUGUUUAAUUAUAAUAAGAACUUUAGGAGAGUACAAAAGCAAAUUAAGGGUUAUUAAUUUUCAAGCAAGAUUUAGAUGAGCUCGUAAAUUCUUCAAAAUAUAUUUAUUCUUAAAAAAGUGUACUGAAUGAGUCUGUUAAGAAAUUUUAAGAUCACCUUACUAAAAUAAAAAUAUUUGUUUCUAAAAUAUAAUAAACCUAAGAUAAUUUGCCUCUCACUAAAUUAUAAAAGUAAACUAACGAUUAUAAGAAUAAGUUUGAAAAUGAUUUUAUAUAGUUUAUAAAAUUUUGUGAAAUAGAGAAAAUCGAGAAUAAUUUCUAAACUCUACAAAAAGAGUAUGAAAAAUUAUAACUAGAGAGUAUUAAUGGUUUUCAAUUUAUUAGGAAACCAAUAUUUGGAAUCCAUCGAGAACGACUAUAAAUUGAAGAUAAUAACUUAAAAUAGGAUUAUUGAGGAACUUGAAGCACUUAUAAAAAAUACUGAAUCUAAACUUAAAAUGAAAGUAGAAGAAGAGUAAUUGUUAAACGAAAAGCUGAAAUUGGAAAUAACUAAUAAUACUAAUUUGCAAUUAUAGUUAAAUAAUUUAUAAGCCAUUCAUGAGAAUGAAAUUAAAUCACUAAAUGACAAAAUAACUUAAUCAGAUAUAAAUAUAAAUAAAAUUCAAAAUAAAUUAGAUUCAAGAAUUAAAACAUCCAUUUUUUUAGAUAUAAAACCAAUAUUGCUUAGAGAUGAUUUUUGGAUUAAAAUUUUUUAUUUUUUAUAAGAGAAAUCAAAGAAAUCGAUAAAAAGUUCAACUCUAAUAUUUCAAGGUACAAAAAAUGGAUUAAAUGGAGAAUCUUUUUGGAAAGAAGUCAAUAAUAAAGACAAUCUACUCAUGAUUCUUCAAUCAAAACGUGAUUAUAUUUUUGGAGCUUAUACUCCUUGUAAGUGGGUAUCUAAUUUAUAUUAUGUGCAAGAUGAUACACUAUCAUCCUUUAUAUUUUCAUAAACACAUAGUUAAAUUUAUCCUUUGGCGUAUACGAAAAAUGCAAUUUAUUGUAAUUCUAAUUAUGGACCUACAUUUGGAGAAGGAUUUGAUUUUUACAUAAAUGGUAAUUUUAGUGAUGGUUAUUGUAAGUUAGGUCAUUCAUAUCAAUUUGAUUAAUAUAAAAAUGGAACUGAAGAUCCUCAUUUAUUUGGAUAAAAUAAACCAGAAAUUAAGGAAUGUGAAAUUUAUUAAAUAUAAUUUAAUUGA